UUGUGCCUCCGCGUCCGCUCAUGCGCACUCAGCCUCGCCAAGAUGUCGCUGACAAAGUCUGUCUACAACCUGCUCUUCAGGCGGUCGUCCACUUUCGCCAUAACCGUCAUUGUUGGCGCGGUCUUCUUCGAGCGAGUAUUCGACCAAGGUGGCGACGCGAUAUUCGAGCAAAUGAAUCGCGGGAAACUAUGGAAACACAUCCAACACAAAUACGAGACCGCUGACGAGGAAUAGGACGCGGCCGAGGGGUUAUCCAAGGCCACAUACCUCCCUUCAUCCACUUUCCCUGGACUCCACACCUGAAUCAAGCAUCAGACAACAUGGACAAUGUGCUCAGAGUCAUGCUAACCAGAGGACCUGAUGGUGUGGGAGCGGAUUGACUGUCCAGACCACCGUGAAGAUGGAGCAGUGCUUCCUGCCACCUCCUUGUUGUUGUUUGUUAUGCCUUUGUUCUCCAAACAGAUUGUAAAUGAGUAAAUUAAACAUGUAUUAAUGUCGGA